CCUCGCUUCCACCAUGUUCUAUCUAUGUGCUCCUCCUUCAAACACACCUUAUGCAAAUGGCACAAUUUUUAGAGAGCCCAGCAGGCUUUGUUUACACAGCUAUCCGACUAUGGCCGGUUAGCCUGCCUGCAGCUCCUGUGUUCUGCUCCAGCAAAUGCACAGAGGUUGGAGGGAAGGAAUACCCAGGUUUUUUUUUUUUUGGUUCUCUCACUAGAACCACAAGGGAGUGUAACUUUGCUCAGAGGCCAGAGGGGUGGUGAAAUGAAUGAAACAAGAGAACUUUUUGCUCCUCAGUUUUGGUUAAAUGAUUCUUUGAAAAAAUCCCCCACCGUUGCACUCACUCUGCGUGUCAUUGGACAAGGUGGACCUUACGGUGGAUGAAGAGAAGAAAAGGCGGCAACAUUUCUCAGCUUGUGUUGUGGGAAUAAAAGAGGAGGAUAUACCAAGGCUUUUGUGGUACACUAAAAGUAUCUUUUGGACAACCUUUUAAAGGAUUUGAUCUUGGUUUGUUUUUCUUUUAAAAGUCGCAAAGUUUGCUUCUGUUGUGCUAUGUGGAAGAAUACCCAUUCAUUCUGUGUCUGAGAGGAAUAUUUCACAAAGACGGAUUGAGGACAAAAAAACAUGGAGUGGGACCACAGGGAAAGAGAUUCCUGCUUGUCCCCAGCAGCUUUUGUUAAUCAGGUGCAAUACUCUAACAUCCUGGAAGGAAGAUUUAAACAGUUGCAAGAUGAGCGUGAAGCAGUACAGAAGAAAACCUUUACCAAAUGGGUAAAUUCUCACUUAGGCCGAGUGACCUGUCGCAUUGGUGACUUAUACACCGACCUACGGGAUGGGCGCAUGCUAAUCCGCCUUCUGGAAGUGCUCUCAGGAGAACAGCUGCCAAAACCUACUAAGGGCCGCAUGCGUAUCCACUGCCUUGAAAAUGUUGACAAAGCCCUACAGUUUCUUAAGGAGCAAAAAGUCCAUCUGGAAAAUAUGGGCUCACAUGACAUUGUGGAUGGGAAUCACCGUCUCACCCUGGGUCUCAUCUGGACCAUCAUCCUUCGCUUCCAGAUUCAAGAUAUCAGUGUGGAAACUGAGGACAAUAAGGAGAAGAAAUCAGCUAAAGAUGCGCUGCUGCUUUGGUGCCAAAUGAAAACUGCUGGAUACCCAAAUGUCAACAUCCACAACUUCACUACCAGUUGGAGAGAUGGUCUAGCGUUCAAUGCCAUCGUGCACAAACACAGACCCGACCUGAUUGAGUUUGACAACCUGAAGAGGUCCAACGCUCACUACAAUCUCCAGAAUGCUUUCAAUGUGGCUGAGAAGGAGCUGGGGCUUACCAAGCUGCUGGACCCAGAAGAUGUCAAUGUGGAUCAGCCUGAUGAAAAGUCUAUAAUUACCUAUGUGGCAACUUACUAUCAUUACUUCUCCAAGAUGAAAGCCCUGGCAGUGGAGGGCAAACGAAUUGGCAAGGUGCUUGACUAUGCUAUUGAGGCCGACCAGCUGAUAGAGAAGUAUGAGACCCUGGCCUCUGAGCUGCUGCAGUGGAUCGAGCAGACCAUAGUGACACUCAAUGAUCGGCAGCUAGCUAACUCUCUGAGUGCUGUACAGAACCAGCUCCAAGCUUUUAACUCCUACAGGACUGUGGAGAAACCUCCCAAAUUUACAGAGAAAGGAAACUUGGAGGUUCUUCUUUUUACUAUCCAAAGCAAGAUGAGAGCAAACAAUCAGAAGGUUUACAUGCCAAGAGAGGGAAAACUCAUUUCUGACAUAAAUAAGGCAUGGGAACGACUGGAAAAGGCAGAACAUGAACGUGAGCUGGCACUGAGAAAUGAGUUGAUUCGCCAGGAGAAACUGGAGAUGCUCGCUGCUCGCUUUGACCGGAAAGCUGCUAUGCGGGAGACAUGGCUGAGCGAGAACCAGAGACUGGUGUCUCAGGAUAAUUUUGGAACUGACCUGGGAGCAGUGGAAGCUGCCACUCGUAAACACGAGGCAAUUGAGACAGACAUCGGGGCAUACUGGGAGCGUGUGGCCGCAGUGGAGGCUGUCGCCAAAGAGCUGGAGGCAGAGGGAUAUCAUGAUGUGCGGCGCAUACUCGCACGAAGGGAUAAUGUGCUUCGACUCUGGGAAUACUUGAAAGAGCUUCUGGCUGCACGCAGAGAGCGUCUGAAUGCCCACCGUGACCUACAGAGGCUGUUUCAGGAGAUGCGCUACAUCAUGGACUGGAUGGCAGAUGAGAAGGGUCGUCUGCAGUCUCAGGACAGCGGAAAACAUUUGCAUGAUGUGUUAGACCUACUGCAAAAGCACAAUCUGGUAGAAGCUGAUAUUUCUGCUCAGGCAGAGAGGAUCAAGGCAGUGCAAGGAGCUGCGAACCGCUUCACUUCCCAUGAGCAGGCCUAUAAACCUUGUGAGCCUGGACUAGUUAGUGAGAAGGUUGAGCUGCUGGGUCAAGCCUAUGAAGAACUUGGUCAGCUUGCUGUGAAUCGCAGAGAGCGCCUAGAGGACUCACGGCGUCUGUGGCAGUUCCUGUGGGAUCUCGGAGAGGAGGCAGCCUGGAUCCGAGAGCAGGAACAGAUCCUGGCUAGUGGAGACUGUGGCCGUGACCUUACUUCUGCCCUUCACCUACUCAGUAAACAUGAGGCUUUCAGGGAUGAGAUGGCAGCCCGCUAUGGCCCCCUGAGUAACAGCAUUGCUGCUGGAGAAGAUCUGGUUAAAGAAGGGCACUUUGGAGCUUCGGAAGUAACUGAGAGGAUUCAAGACAUCCGUGCACAGUGGGCCCAUCUGGAGGAGACAACUAAGCAAAGAGAGCAGAGCCUUAAGGAAGCUGUGGCCCUGCAUCAGUUUCAGACGGAUGCCAAUGACAUGGAGGCAUGGAUCAUGGAGACACUUAGACAGGUAUCCAGUCAGGAGGUGGGCCACGAUGAGUUCUCUACCCAAACUCUAGCUCGCAAGCAGAGGGAGAUAGAAGAGGAGAUCCAGAGUCACCACCCGCUAAUCGACUCCCUGCACGAGCAGGUCCAAGCGCUGCCACAGGCCUAUGUACAUUACCCUGAAGUGGAUGGUCGUCUGCCUGCUAUUGAACAACGUUAUGAAGAACUGGAGACCCUGUCAGCAGCUCGUCGCCAGGCUCUGGAAGGUGCCCUGGCCCUCUACCGCAUGUUCAGUGAAGCUGGUGCCUGUCAGCUCUGGGUGGAGGAAAAGGAACAGUGGUUACAUGGCAUGGAGAUCCCUACAAAGCUGGAGGACUUGGAGGUCGUACAGCAAAGAUUUGAGACACUGGAACCUGAGAUGAACAACCUAGGAACCCGUGUCACUGAUGUGAACCAGGUGGCAGAGCAGCUGCUGAGCUCAGACAACUGUAACAAAGACCAAAUCCACCAGACAACAGACCAACUAAACAACAGAUGGAAGGAGUUUCAGCAACUGGCUGGACAAAAGAAACAAGAUCUUGAGUCGGCUCUCAACAUCCAGAACUACCAACUCGAGUGUAAUGAGAUCCAGACUUGGAUGAAGGAAAAGACCAAAGUUAUUGAAUCUACUCAGGGUCUUGGCAAUGACUUGGCGGGAGUGAUGGCACUACAACGCAAACUCACUGGCAUGGAGAGGGACCUUGAGGCUAUCCAGGGAAAAUUAGAUGACUUGAGAAAUGAGGCAGAAAAGUUGGCCAAGGAACAUCCAGAUCAAGCAGGAGAGAUCCAAGGACGCUUGGCAGAGAUUCAAGAGGUGUGGGAGGAAUUGAACGCCACCAUGAAGCGACGGGAAGAGUCACUGGGGGAAGCUAGCAAGCUACAGGGUUUCCUUAGGGAUUUGGAUGACUUCCAGUCCUGGCUGUCCCGCACCCAGACAGCCGUGGCUUCAGAGGAUAUUCCCACUUCUCUGCCUGAGGCUGAGAGUUUGCUAGCCCAGCAUGAGAGCAUCAAGAACGAGGUGGAUAACUAUAAGGAGGACUAUGAAAAGAUGCGUGCGGUUGGUGAGGAGGUCACCCAAGGUCAGACAGAUGCCCAGCACAUGUUUCUGGCCCAGAGGCUCCAGGCAUUGGACACUGGCUGGCAUGAGUUGCGGCGCAUGUGGGAGAAUCGGCACAGCCUGUUGGCCCAAGCCUUUGACUUCCAGACUUUCCUGAGAGAUGCAAAGCAGGCAGAGGCAUUCCUUAACAGCCAGGAGUACGUGCUGUCCCACACAGAGAUGCCCACCAGUCUUCAGGCAGCAGAGGAGGCCAUUAAGAAGCAUGAGGAUUUCCUCACCACCACAGAGGCCAGUGAAGAGAAAAUAACUGGUGUGGUGGAAGCUGGAAGACGCCUCAUUAAUGACUCUAAUGCAAACUCGGAUAAGAUCCAGGAAAAAGUUGAUUCAAUCCAGGAAAGACAUCUUAAGAAUAAAGAGGCUGCAAAUGAACUGCUGACCAAGCUUAAGGAUAACCGGGAACUUCAGCACUUCCUCCAAGAUGGACAAGAGCUCACCUUGUGGAUAAAUGAGAAGAUGCUGACGGCUCAGGACAUGUCUUAUGAUGAGGCCAGAAAUCUUCACAGCAAGUGGCAGAAACACCAGGCAUUCAUGGCAGAGCUGGCCUCCAACAAAGACUGGCUAGACAAAAUUGAUAAGGAGGGUCAGGCACUGGUUGCUGAGAAGCCUGAGCUGAAACCUGUUGUCCAGCAGACCCUGGAGGACCUGCAGCGUCAGUGGGAGGAGCUGGAGAGCACAACUCGCACGAAGGCUCAGUGCUUAUUUGAUGCUAACAGAGCAGAGCUCUUCACACAGAGCUGCUCCGCUCUAGAUGUUUGGCUGAAAAACCUUGAAGGUCAGCUACAAAGUGAUGACUAUGGAAAAGAUCUGACCAGCGUGAACAUCCUCCUCAAGAAGCACCAGAUGUUGGAGCAUCAAAUGGAGGUCAGAGAGAAGGAGGUGCAGGCCCUGAAGUCUCAGGCUCUGGCUCUGUCCCAGGAAGAUGCCGGACUGGCUGAGAUAGAUGGUCAGCAAAGGCGUGUCACCGACAGCUUCGCCAGCCUCCAAGACCCACUCAACCUCAGGAGACAGCAGCUGCUCGCCUCCAAAGAAGCACAUCAGUUCAACAGAGACCUGGAGGAUGAAAUUCUGUGGGUGACAGAAAGGAUGCCCCUAGCAACCUCCACAGACCAUGGAAAAGACCUGCCCACUGUACAGCUGCUAAUCAAGAAGAACCAGACUUUGCAGAAGGAGAUCCAAGGCCAUCAGCCUCGCAUCGAUGACAUCCACAGACGAGGCAAGACUCAGACCCAGGUAGAUGGUGAACGCCAGUCUGUUCUGGAGGAUCGCCUAGUUGAACUGCAGAGCCUUUGGGACCAGUUGAUUGCCGAGACCGACAAGCGUCAUGCCCGUCUAAUAGAGGCUAAUCGUGCCCAGCAGUUCUAUGCCGAUGCUGCGGAGGCAGAGGCCUGGAUGGGAGAGCAAGAGUUGCACAUGAUGUCAGAAGAAAAAGCCAAGGAUGAGCAAAAUGCUCUAGUGAUGGUCAAGAAGCACCAGAUCCUUGAGCAGGCACUUGAAGACUACGCCCAAACCAUCCACCAACUGGCCAACAGCAGUCGUCUCAUGGUCAACAAUGAACACCCAGAGAGCGAAAGAAUCACCUUACGACAAGCCCAAGUUGACAAGCUGUACGCAGGUCUGAAGGACCUUGCUGAGGAGCGUCGGGGACGGCUUCAGGAGAGGCUGAGACUGACCCAGCUGAAGCGGGAGGUGGAUGACCUGGAACAGUGGAUUGCAGAGAGAGAGGUGGUUGCUGGCUCCCAUGAACUAGGACAGGACUAUGAACAUGUCACAAUGCUGAGGGACAAGUUCCGGGAGUUUGCUCGUGACACCAGCACUAUCGGCCAAGAGCGUGUGGAUGGUGUAAAUGCGCUGGCAGAUGAUCUGAUUGAGUCGGGUCAUCCUGAGAACGCCAGUGUUGCUGAAUGGAAAGACGGUUUAAACGAGGCCUGGGCUGACCUGCUGGAGCUGAUUGACACACGCACGCAAAUGUUGGCAGCAUCUUAUGAGCUGCACCGCUUCCAUCAAGAUGCCAUGGAGGUGCUUGGACGUGUUAAGGAGAAGAGGGAAGCACUGCCUUCUGAACUUGGCCGUGACCUCAACACUGUCCAGCAUCUGCACAGACAGCACACCGCUUUUGAACAUGACAUCCAGGCCCUCAGUGGACAGGUGAAUCAAGUGCAGGAUGAUGCUGCACGCCUGCAGAAGGCCUACGCUGGUGAGAAAGCGGAUGACAUUCACAGAAGCGAACAUGCUGUGACUUCUGCCUGGGAGGGCCUGCUCGAGGCUGGCGAGGCUCGCAGGCUCCUCCUGCUGGACACUGUGGAGAAAUUCCGCUUCUUCAACAUGGUGCGAGACCUCAUGCUCUGGAUGGAUGGUGUGAACCUGCAGAUUGAUGCACAUGACAGCCCAAGGGAUGUAUCUUCUGCAGGGUUGGUAAUUGCCAAUCAUCAAGACAUCAGAUCAGAGAUUGACGCUAGGACAGACAGCUUCACUGCUUGUAUUGAGAUGGGAAAUACUUUGAUCAACAAAAACCACUAUGCAUCUGAUGAGAUCCGAGAAAAACUGACUCAACUCCAGGAAAAAAGAGAUAAGAUCAACAAAAAAUGGCAAGACAAGAUGGACCAUUUACAAAUUGUGCUGGAGGUGUUGCAGUUCGGACGUGAUGCUUAUGUGGCAGAGUCGUGGUUGGCUGGGCAAGAACCUCUGGUGCGCGCAGCAGAGUUGGGCUCAAAUGUGGAUGAAGUAGAGAGCCUAAUUAAGCGCCAUGAAGCCUUUGAGAAACUUGCUACGGCUUGGGAAGAGCGCUUCGUGCAGCUGGAGAAGCUCACUACACUUGAAGAGCAAGAAAAUCAGAGGAGGCGGGAGGAAGAGGAGAGAGCAAGGCGACCUCCUACUCCUCCACCAGUAGAAGAAGUGCCACAGUCUGAGACAGAAAGUCAACCACAUGAUUCUGCAGCCAGAACCAGUCUGGACCAGACCACUCUCAAUCAGUCCGUGUCAGUGAACGGAGUACACAGCGACAAUGACACAUCACAACAGUCAUUAUCGCUAUCGUUGUCAGUGGGAAAGAAAUCAGAGCCUAAACGUGUGUGUAAGCCAAAGCAGCAGGAGCGUGGCUCAGAGUCUGAGUCGGUGAACGGACCGGGCAGAGACAGCGGACUGGCAUCGUCUCGCGUCGAUCCGUCUGCCACUUUACCGAGCAGAGGCGCGGCAGACUCGGAGCCAGAGACCAUGGAGGGGAUGCUCUGUCGAAAACAGGAGAUGGAGUCUCACAUCAAAAAGGCAGCUAGCAGGUCCUGGCAGAAUGUGUAUUGUGUCCUACGAAAAGGAAGUCUUGGUUUCUAUAAAGACGGCAAGAGUGCUAGCAACGGCAUUCCAUACCACGGAGAAGUUCCCAUCAGCUUGGGAGAGGCUGUGUGUGAAAUAGCCCAUGACUAUAAGAAAAGGAAACACGUAUUCAAGCUCAGGUUAGGGGAUGGGAAAGAGUACCUGUUCCAAGCAAAGGACGAGGCGGAGAUGAGCUCCUGGAUUCAGUCCAUCCUUAGUUCCAUUCCAAAAGGAUCAGGAGACUCGCCUGGAGCUCCACGGCCCCUCAGCCGUGCCAUGACGAUGCCUCCCAUCUCACCCAGCUCGGGUGAAGCUGGAGGCGUUACCAUGCGCAACAAGGAUGGGAAAGAGAAGGAUCGCGAGAAGAGGUUCAGCUUCUUCGGCAAGAAGAAAUAAAACAUUUGUAAAAUCAUGGAUGGGAACUGAAUUUGUCAAAAUUUCAAAAAACUGAGGCAGAUAUAAAGGAAAGUACAAACAGGUCAUACAAACACACUGCUCUCUGUGCAAGCCCCGAGGAAUCUGUCAACAGCUGCGUCAUGUAGCUGAGAAAAGUUUUUUUUUUUCUCUCUUUUAUUCUCUCCGUCUUUGCUGGUUUUAUGUGUCACUUAUUUUAUUACUCAUCCAGUCCACAUCUCACUUUAACUGCACCCAACAAUCAGAGCCCUCACCCUGUUUUGACCAACAGAGAUCAUUAGUCUGAGUCAGAACUGGGGGUGGAUGUCAUUAGCAGGGAGACAGUCCCGGUACAGUUCCAGUCUAGCAAACCGGAUCCUCCUCUGUAGGAAUAUUUGCUCUUCAGUGAGUCUUGAUUAGCUAACCCUGUUGUGAUACUGUUUCUCUAAAAAAAGAAAAAAAGAAAAAAAAAGAUGAUGGUUUUCCACUCUGCUGCAUUUUGAUUUAAUUUGCCCAGUUUUAACUGCUCUCUAUUAGGAAGGAUCACAUUACAUCUCUUCUUCUGUUCUUGGUAUUGAUGUUAUUAAUCUCAAUAUUAUUGAUAUCAUUAUUACUAUUUAUCUUUUUCAGUUGCUGGCUUGACAAAGACUAAUUUGAUGGUAGAUAAUCUUGAUUUAUGUUGUUGAGAGAAGCAAAUUUGGUUUUGUGGAGAAUGUCAGCUUGCCCUUGUAUGUACUAUAUCUUUUUGUUUUCUUUGUUUUGUUUUUUCCUUUUUUUUUUAGGAAUGACAGUUUAUGAGGUGUUCUGACAGGAAAAUAAAGCUCAUUGAAUUUUAGCAGUGUGCAGUAAGUGAUCACAAUUUUCCUUGGAAAAAUAAUAUAUAUAUUUAAUAAGUGGUUUUACUAUUUUUUUUAUCUCUAAUUUUGCCUGUAUUUGAUUAUUUCUUUUUGAGUGAUCUUUUCUGCUUGAUUUUCAACUUUCUUUCUUUUUUCUGUACAAAGCAGAGAAGAUUAGUUUUCUAGCGUGUGCAUGUGUGUGUGUGUGUGUGUGCGUGGGUGCGUUUGUGUGAGUUGUGGUGCUGUGGACUUUGCAUGUUUAUGUUUUUUCGGAUCAAGCGUGGCCAGAUGGAUGCUGCUUUUCGGUACUCAGAAUCGGUAAACCGGGCAGAAACAGAAAUUAAUAUCACUGGAAUGAUUUCCCAGAGCUAUGCUUUUCUUUUGGUUUGAAAAUAUCUUCAGCUGACAUCACUAACGAUGAUCUUCGAGACAAUUUAUUAUUUGUUUUAGUCAUCUGAUAUCUAUUUCCGUUCUCCACCUACUGAUGUGAAGGCACGGGGGCAGUGUGUAUAGAUAAAAAACUGAAGCACAGGGACCUGAGCAGGACAAAAGGAGGGUUGACAGAUGGCUUUACGGGUGAAGUGAGGUGCGUGAAGGUGAGACUGGAUAGGCACUGAGGAAUGCACUUUGUGUGCUUUACAACAAAGAGAUAUGAGCCUGAGCCUUACUUGAACCCACUACAAAUACACUAAACCCACUUUUUUUUUUUUUUUACUCACCAAACAAUUGAGUUGUCAAGGAAGUUUUAUAAAAAGAUACGAAAGUUUGUUUAAAAAGUGACCUGUGGCAAUGACCUCAUGUAUGUCAGUGGAUUGAUUUGGCACCAACCCCAGAAAUAGAAGAAUGCCCUCAACUCUCUUUGAUCAGCCUUGCACUCUUGAAUAUGUGGCAUGAUUUCAACUAGAUUUAUACUUCCAAGUGUCCAAUCUAUGCCAUCUACAUGUGUUAAUAUACACAUACAUUGGACUUCAUAAUUGGAGAGCAAGUAAUAAUCAGUUGGCGGUGAAAAUAAAUCUAAUGGCGACCUACUAUGGAUUAUGUAAACAAAUGAUAGGUGUUAGGUUUGCUAGUCUCCUCACAUAUUAUACAUUUCAAAUGAAGAGGGCAUUUAUAGUAUAUUGUGAAUGUAGACACUACAACCUGACAUUCUGCCUUCAUAUUAAUUGGUUGGUGUAGUCAGUUACUUAUAACUAAGCAUGAAUUAGCUGCUUAUAACAGCAAAGAUUCAGCAACGGUUUAACAAACAAACCUCUGAUGGAGUCCCAUAAAAGCAAACGAGCUGCAAGUAACUAUUUGUGUUGCACUGAUAUUGAAAGUAGCUUAUUAAAGCUGAUUAUUGCUUGGAUGGGCAUACAGUUCCAUAAAAGAGUGGUCAGUUCAUAGGAAUGCCGCAACAAGUCUGGGUUCAGUUAACAGCACGCGGUCCAAAUUUAUCAAACCUGCCUCGUCUCUUUAACUGUGAGAGUUUGCAUUCCUGAGUGUAUGGUGGAGCUCCCAGUUAGUUUCAGUCUGAACUACAAUGUGGGAUCCAGGUGAAAAAAAGUCAUUGCAUACAUAAGCGAGCUAAUGGAGUUUGCAGACAUUGUGCACAGUUUUGAAUAAAGGAGUCCUUCCCCCUCCAGUGGAUGAGCUGUCCCAGCGACAACCGCUCUGAACAGUUUCCAUCAGAUAUUAGGCGGUCCAAGUUCAAAGGUCACACAGUGUAUUUUCUUAUCAGCUCAUUUGAAUGUGAAUGAUUCAAACCAGUUUGGCCAAAUUGGUCAUGUGAAGCAAAAAUAUUUCUCAUACUUGACAUACUGUUCACAAGCUCUCUCUCUCUCUCUUUCACACACUCGCACAUUGAUACUGCCCUGUAUAUUUAAUGCAGAAUGACCCUGGCAAACCAGUCUUGUGGAAACGUCCUUAGCUGGCUGUGAUUUGAUGUUGCAAAUGGCAUCCUUUUAAAAUAACAUUGUGCUACUGGUGAGCUUUGACCAGAACAUGAGAAGUAUGUGUUAUUGAUGUCAAAGAGUUACGUUUUGAUUCUAAGAGUAUUUGUAACGAUGGAGUACUUAAUGAAGCAGAAAACCAACUUGUUAAGUAUUACACAUGAUUGAAAACAGACUGGUGACAAUUUGAGCUUCCUUUUUUAGAAGAAGGCAGGAUCUUUGCUGUCUAGUGGGAGCUUGUAUUUUUUCAUCCAGUGGUCUGUCUCGCAGCAUUUGAUAAGCCUGUCCACCUACCUUCAUUUCUUUUGACGAAUGUCUGUUCCUUCCUCUGUAAUUCAGAGCUGUUAAUACCACUACUAUUAUUAAUUGCUAUUAUUAUCAUUAUUGCUACUGUUGUUACUAUUACUACUACUGUUACUAAUGCAACUUAUUGCAAAAAUUAUAACUGCUGUCCAUUUUCAGGUAUGUGUCUGUGAUAUCAGACCUUUCCACACGAUGUCAGUGUGCUGUGGAGCAUUUUCAUUACAAAUUGAAGAUAAUGUUUGUUGACUUGUGUAUCUACAUCUAAUAUUAGGAAUAAUAAAACAUGGUUUAAUCAAGAA